GAUUAUUGUUUUUUGACCAAUCACAGCUAGCUCCAGUUUCAAAGAAAAGCGGGAUCUGCUCUUUAGACUAAAGCUCUGUCUGUGACUUUGUUUGUUUAUAUGUGGCAUUUGUAGAUUUUACUCGUGUUAUGUUACAUCCUUAUUGCUGGUUUUAUCUUAAUAAUUGCUGAUCGGUGUUAGUUGUGCGUUUCGUGUAUUAUCCGUGCACUUUUACGUAAACUUAAAGGCCAUCAUGAAGUACCUGAAGACAUAUGGAAGACAGAAAACAAAACUAUCCGCCUGGGUGUCCAUUCAGGAUCGUAAACAGGUUUUUGACAGCACCUCUGCGUCUUCUGAGACUGAUGCCUCUACUGUCCAAUCAACAAAACCUCCAAGGAGAAGUAAAAGAAAUAAUCUAGUUAAGAAGAAGAAAGUCAGAGCUUCAGUUAAUAGUGAAGAUGAGGAGAAUGUUUCUUCACAUUUUCUGCCACUUUCCAAGACGACAGCUCGACGAAAACCAGUUAAGACUACUGCACGUUCAGUUGGAGCUCGUAAAAGAAAACAUUUAUCUCUGAGUGUGAGCAGUGAUGAAGAAAAUAUUGUGCCACCGACUCAGAAUUUGAAGGCAUGUAAUAAAAAGGGAGCAAGGAGAAAGAAGCCCAAGGUGUACAGUGAUAAUACCCCAGAUCACCCCCCUGAUGAAAACAGAUGUCCACUUGUGCCCCAUCAGAGGAGUUGGUCUAAGUCAGGAUCAAUACCAAGAGAAAAAGAUCUGUCAAGUAAAGUAAAAACAGAAAAGGGGCUGCAGUAUAAUUCCGUUCAAAAGGACACACAUAUUUGCCCUCCAUCUGCAGGACGCUUUGUUACUCGUAGGAGAUGUGCCAUUACCUCACAACUGCUCAUUUUGAACUCCUCUGAUGAGUUUGCUCCAUUGAGAAGAACCAGUCAGAAUAAUUGUUCCUCAAAGAGAAGAUUCCCUCCAGUUUUCCUUGAAUCGAGUGCAGACAAUUCUGUGAAUGCAGCCGUACUUCGGAGCUUUGCUACAAUUCCACUUCCAGAAAUUUCCCUCAAUGAAUCAGUGGAACAGACCCUUGGAACAUGCUCCCGAAAACCAAUUUUUUGUUCCACGCCUUCAGCUGCACCCUUGAACAAAAAAUCAAAGCUCAAAGGUUUCAAUCCAAUCUCUAGCCCUUCAGUUAGUUGUAUAGGUCCUGUAAGCAUUAGUUCUCCAGAACAGCUCACAUCUCCACAACAUGCUUCACAAUUUGAAAAAGAAGCAAUUCUCAAUGAGUUUCAGAAACCAUCACAAUUGCCUCAUGAAGAAAUGUCCCAAAGUGUAAUCAUUACACACUCAAAGAGCAUUCAUAACAACACAAGCCUUAGUAGGUCAGCCCAGAGCCAGUGUGGAGAGGGGAACCCAGGCAGUCCAAGUCUGCCCAGCAUGAUCACCAUAGAUGAUGUAAGUAGUCGUUUCACAUCUGCCUCUGGAGAAAUGGAUUGGCUCACAGACUUUCUCAAAGAGAAAUGCUUGACUCAGCUUUGCACUGUGCGCCUAGAAAGAAUUGAAGACCUAAUCAAGCUUUUUAGCGAAACAACAUAUUCAUCGUGUUUGGUGGAUUUGGGGUCUGUCUGUAGUUCUAUUGGAAAAGAGCAUUCACUUUCUGUAGCUACAAGCCACAACUCAAACCAUGUUAAGGACUCAGAGCUCCUCAGGAGUCCUAAAUUAGCUCUGACACAUGAUGCCUUAUCAUCUCAUGAGAGCUCAAAGUCUUUUUCUGUACCAAAUGUUGUGUUUGUCAGUGACAGCCAAAGUACAGAGGCUUCACUGUCAGAUGGCUGCGCUCAGUCUGAGCACAAAUCCACCAUAGCUCUCUUCAGUGAAUCCACCAACAGCAGUACUGAAGUAGCUGACAUGCAGGAUCAAGAUAUGACAGAGUUGUCCUCAAUAUUGAAGAACAAGUGUCUUUCUAGAGAAUGCUCAGUCGAACUUAAAAAGCUGCCUCGAUCAAGUAUUGAUCAGCAUUUGACACCUGAACCAAAACUUGGUGAAACUACUAGUAGCAGUACUGUCUGUGAGUCCCAGCCUAAUGAGACACAAACUGAGGCAGCUGAACGUACUAGAGAGCUGAAGAAGAACUGCACAGACGGAAAAUGUAUUGUUAAAAUGAAGAAAAUAUCAUAUAAAUAUCAAAUAAGGGAGAAAUUGCAAGAAAACAUGGUGUCGGACAGAAGUUUCUCUGAAUCGGUUAAUGAAGAGACAGAAUAUGAGGGUAACUGCACCACGGCUAGUCCCAAAGAGACCAGUAUUGCAAUGCGCCGAAAGAGGACGUUGACUAGCUCAAAUGAGAUCUCUGAUAAGGAUGGCUCAAAAAAGUCAAGCAAUAAACAAAGCAACAAAAGAAAAAAACUCUCCUUGGCACGUAAAGAGAAAGAUCACAGAACAUCCACCCACCGACCUGGAACCACUAGAAAAGCUUGUGUUAGUGGACUGAGCGUGAGCCGUUGGAAAAGUAAAGAUGCUUUCACAAACAUAAUUGGACCCAGAGGAGGCACUAAGACCGUGGACUGCAGCAUCAAUGAACUGAUCCCAAGUCAACAUAGACAGCCAAUGAAGCAAACUGAUGUCAAUAAGGAUUUCUCUACCCCAGUCAAAGGCCACAACCAAAAUCUCUCUUCUCUUUUGGCUGAAUUGACUCCGAGUACACACACCUGGAGUCGCCUCAAAGCUGCGCUCUCCAUUCAUCGCAAAGUGAUUCUUACUCCGAAGACUCCUGGGACUCGCCCGUCUUCAAGGAUGGCUAUGGCCGACCUAAGCCAAGAUCUUUUUGCUACUCCAUAUCGGACGCCUCUUUCCAAGCUUCUCCGAUCACAACUGAUUACACAAGAAUCUCAGCUUGUGUUUGACCAUGAUGAGAUGUCAGAUGCAGAGAAGGUGUACGCGGAGUGUGGCCAGGAGGGUCCUGUGGCCUGGGACGAGUGUCUUCUGCCUCAGCGCAUGAAACAAUGUGUUAAAAUAGGGGAGGGCACCUUCGGAGAGGUCUUCUCUACAACAAGUGGAAAGUCUAACGGAGAGAUUGUUGCCCUCAAAGUUAUACCAGUAGAGGGCAGUGAAAAGGUGAAUGGAGAGGACCAGAAGACCUUUGGAGAGAUUUUGCAUGAAAUUAUUAUCUCCAAGGAGCUGAGCUGCCUCGAUAAAAAAGAGAAGAAUCAGACCAGUGGCUUUAUCGGCCUCAGAGACCUCCACUGUGUAAAGGGCUGCUACCCUCCAGAGUUCCUCCAUGCGUGGGAUAAGUUUGACAAACAAAAACAUUCUGAGAAUGACAGGCCAGAUUUCUUUGAAAAUGAGCAGCUGUUUAUUAUUCUGGAGUUUGAGUUUGGAGGCACUGACCUAGAGAACAGCAAUGGGACGUUAUCAUCAAUCGCAGUUGCAAAGAGCAUUCUUCAUCAAGUCACUGCAGCCCUGGCUGUAGCUGAACAGGAGCUGCAGUUUGAGCACAGAGACCUACACUGGGGAAAUGUGCUGGUCAAAGUGACUAAGCAGAAGACGGCUGAAUUCAUUCUGAAUGGGACAGUGCACUCUCUGGACACCAAAGGGGUGCUUGUCCGCAUCAUCGACUAUUCUCUGUCCAGAUUAGAAAUUGACGAACUUACUGUGUCCUGUGACAUUUCAAAUGACGAGGAGCUUUUUAUUGGCCAGGGGGAUUAUCAGUUUGAGAUCUACAGACUUAUGAGACAAGAGAAUGGCAAUGAGUGGAGUAGCUAUAACCCCCAUUCAAAUGUACUGUGGCUGCACUACCUGUGCUCCAAGCUGCUGGACAUGAAAUAUCGUGGAUCGGGAGGGAAGCGGAACAAGGACAUACGAGGCGAGCUGGCCAGUUUCUAUGACAACGUCCUCCAGUUCAGUUCUGCCACAGAAGUGCUCCAGAACAGCCUGCUGUUUCAGUAAACUGGACUGUAGCAGUUUGAGAGUGAACAAAGUGUUGGACUUCUAAAGCUGCUUCCUCUGUCAGCAGUCCCCCCACCGCCCCGCUGACCUCUGAUCUGUAAAGACACAUUAUUGAUUCUUCUGUAACAUGACACCAAUGAAGGUCACCCACUGCUUAGUCCACUGUAAAUGGAUGUAAUAAUCCUUUUCUAUACUCCCACUUUGUUUCUUACUUUUUCCUUAAUUUUUUGUCUUGGGUUCUGCUAUUUUAUUUUGGGGGGAUUUUGACGGUAGUGGCAAGAUCAUUUGAAACUAACAGCUCAAAUUUUGAUUAAUAUUUAGUUGAUUUUCUUGGCAGUUGACAACAGAUGAGUACUUCAAGGUUUGUGGUGGAUUAUGGUAUACAAAUCCUACAGAAAACUUCCCCCUAAACGUAUAAUGAAAUAUGACUGUGCACUCACAUUUUGGACUGAACUU